CAAUAAUAAUGUCAAAAAGAAAAACAAACGUCAAUCAAAAUUCGUGUUGAUUCGUGAAAACAUUGUUAAAAAACAAUUGUUGUGACUCUAUUUCGCGAUUGUUAAGCAAAUGAGACUACCACAAUGAAGGUAUUUUCCAUAACGGACAUACCUGAGUUCUCGAAGAAGGAACGUAUAGUUGUAGUGGGUGUUAUAGGGAAAUCGCCGUAUCGGUACCCUAACAAAACAACCCGACUUUUGCCUUCUGUCCAGUCCAAAGAGAAUUUGAUAGAAUGCCACUGGGACGAGCGUCGCGCCAUCCUCUACCUCCAUGCUAUCACAUACCUCGACACAAAACGGCUAACAGCCCUAGCCGCGACUCUUGAUGAAGACUCCAAGAGUGCUGACACUGAUGCUGACGCUGCCAACUGGCUAGUGGCGUCAGGGGACCUGGCAGCCGAGUCCUGCAAGGCUAUAGCGCUGAUAUUCCACCUGUGUCAUAUUGUGGUGCUGUCUUCUCCUACUUCCGUGUUUGAUCUGGGCUAUCUCCAGCUAUUUAAGGCCAUGGAUGCUUACAGAAACGAGCAACUAGCGCGCAGCACCGCAGCCCUAGUUACAGCAAAGACGACAGGAAACUGGGAGUCUCACGGACGUAGUUGCUGCCCCCGCUUAUUGUUUCACUUCCGCCGCGCCCCCAACCCUGUGCGGAAGGUACCUGCGGCGCUGAAGAGGUUGGAGCACGCGGUGGAAGAUCAGCUGUACUUUAUACUGAGGAAGGCUAGGAUUAUUACUAAUGUUUGCGCAAAGUCCCUAUUCGCGAUCCCAAAGAACGAAGAAUUCGUAUACAUAAGCGGCGAGGAGGAGAGCUCAGGGGCCCGCGAACUAAGUUCCCUAGUCCGAGGCCUCGCAGCCCGGUGUAACGCGGCCUCCGACCCGGGGGCCCAGCGGCCCAGCUUCCGACAGUUCUUACAGACUCAUAUAGACAUGGCGUUUGGAGAAGGCUUUGAUGAUAAUGUCGGGAAGUAUGCUAUGAGUACGUCGUUCUUCGAGCUACCAAGCGCUCAGUCCUGGCGUUCAGCCGCCCAAGCUCUGACCCCGGUAUACUUAUCAAGCAAGGAGGAGGAUCAGACGUCCGGCGCCCUCUACGACGCGCUCGCUACUGACGUGCGAUUCUCACAAGCGAGGUGUGCUAAGGUUUUGCCAAUAGCGCAAGCAUCGUACGCGGAGGGUCUGCCUGCGCAUUAUUCCAGUCAACAUCACGCACAUAAAGUGAGCGUGGCGCUGGGCGUGCUGAGCAGCAUGGCGCGCGGGCCGCUGGCGCGCUCGGCGGGCGCGCGCCUGCGCGCCGCGUGCGCCGCCACGUGGCGCGCGCGCAGUCUGUGCGAGGCGCUGUCGCUCACUGGGCACGUCUGCAUCGAGCCCGACCAUGACAGCAGCAAGGAACACUCGUCAGGAGUCCGCUACGUAUCAGCCUGCAACUGCGGGCGCUGCAAGUGUUCGCGCGAGGACCCGUACACGCUGCGCCGCGCUAACCUCACGUUCUACGCGCAGGCGGCCGACGAGUGCGGCGUCUGUGUCACGCUGCAGGCCAUCGACUUCCCUGUCUUCCAGCCCUCCACGCCUAGUUACAAAGCGGCAGCCUUAAAAGGCGAAGUGGAAGAGCCAUCAGAGAGCGCCGUGGUCCGCGCGUCGCCGGCCGGCUCGGGCGCUUCGCCCUCCGAUGCGAACUGGUCGGCGCCUGACGCGCUGUCCCCGGGCUCCGCGAGAGACGACGACGAUGAUGAUGAUAAAUCACAUGCUUCUGAUACCAGAUAUGUGGUGCCGCUCACUAGGGAUGCUGCUGAAAAAGUAAUGAGCCGCCAACCGUCAACUACCGAGUACCUGCCAGGCAUGUUACACACGGCCAGCCCAGCAGGCCUCCUGCCGGCGUUCUCGAGCUGGUCAGUGGUGUGCUUGGGCGCGUCAUCGCUGUACUCGCACUCGCUGGGCCUGCCCGAGCACCUGCAGCCGGGCUUCCUGCCGCACACUAACUAUCUGCUGCCGUGGGACUGUGCCGUCCGCCUGGAGUCGAUGAGCGCAUGGCGCGUGUCGGGCCCGAUGCGCGGGCGCGGCAAGAUCGCGCCGCACCACCACCUCACCGUCAAGAUAUUCAUCGGCUUCGAGUACGAGUGCCCGCGGGGACACAGGUUCAUGAUGUCAGGUCCGGACACGGUGGUGUCGGGCGGCGGCGGCGGCUGCUCGCGCGAGGCGGGCGCGGCGGGCGGGCGGCUGGCGGCGGCCGACAUGCCGCUGUACGCCGCCUGCCUGUGCCGCGCCGCGCCCGCGCCGCCGCUGGCGCAGCUCAUGCGCGUGCACGUCGUCACGCCCAAGGCGCCCGUGCAUGUCACGCUGGACCCUAAGGUACAACCAAUACCCGGCGGUCCAAUCUUCAUCCCCCAACCAGUGGGUUCGCCGCCCAUCAAACUCUCAGCCUCAGCAUACUGGGUGCUCCGACUCCCAUACAUGUACAGCGACGAGCGCGGCUGCCUGCCUCGACCCAGGGCCGGAGCCCUACAGCACCCUGGCAUGCUCAUAGCACCUCUGUUCGGCCUGCAGGACUAGCACAACUUCAAGCCUAGAAAACUAUGGGUACAACGAUGGAUGGCGAAUUAAGAAUGGACUUUAUGUCGACGAGUUAGAGUUGAAAUUCGCUUGUAUGGCAAUGUUUGCAGACACUACGGACUUGUUGUACUGUAUAAGACGUUUGUUUUUCAGCACGUGUUAUCUUACGUACAACCUGACUUGAGAAGACCUGUAAAUGAUGAAGGUUGGCAAUAUCGUAGCUUUAUACAUCAAAUAUAACAUAUAGGCUACUUUUUUCACUGACCUGACAGAGGCCCGGAGCCCUACAGCACCCCGGCAUGCUCAUAGCACCUCUGUUUGGCCUGCAAGACUAGCAUAACUUCACACCUAGAAAACUGUGGGUACAACGAUGGAUGGCGAAUUAGAAUUGAACUUUAUGUCGACGAGUUAGAGAUGAAAUUCGAUUGUAUCGCAAAGUUUGCAAACUUCGGGCUUGUUGCAUUGUGUAAGACAUUUGUUGUUUGGCUUUAGCAGAUCGGUAAAUGAUGAAAUUUGAUGAAAGUUGGCAGUAUCGGAGCAUAUAGGCUACUUUCUUCAUCGGUAUUAAUUGCCUGCCCAGACCCAGGGCCGGAGCCCUACAGCACCCUGGCAUGCUCAUAGCAACACUAUUGGGCCUCCAAGACUAGCACAAUUACAAACCUAGAAAACGAUGGGUGCAACGAUGGAAGGGAAAAAAUAGACUUUAUGUCGACGAGUUAGAGAUGAAAUUCCGUUGUAUCCCAAAGCCGUAGGGACUACGGACUUGUAUUAUAUAAGACGUAUGGACGUUCCAAACAAUGGCAUUUAUUUUGAAAGAAUGUUAGAAAGUUAUGUCGUUCAAUGUUGACGUGUUGACUGAAUCUUUUGCGAAAUAAAACUAUUGUCUAAACUAUUCCUAGAAGUCAAUCUGAAUAAAAUAUAGGCUUUUUAUCCAGGUUUAGGGAAGUAGUUCCCUCAGGAAGUGGGUGAAACCGCUGGCGGAAGCUUUGCUAUAAAAUGAACUGAGUUUUCUACUUCCGAUUGUAAGCAGGACCUCCUUGACGGUUGUAUACCGUUCUAUGUCUUGGUCACAAGAGAAUCCUACAUAACCUUAAAAUUUAUGUAAGUUAUUGUAAUAAAUUAAGUCUUAUAUAUCGUCAUCUUGCUCUUUUCUGUGGAUGAUAAGCAGCAUAUGGAUUUAUGUUAACAAUCAUUUCGAUUGUUUUGUGUUACUGGGGUACAUACAUUACUGGGGUAUCGAAAUUUAGUUAUUAUGUAAAUGCAGGAAUUGU